CACUCAUGUAGGAACAGCCGUUCACAUAGAUUUGAGGGCUCAUCAUCCCUUCUUUAAACAGCCCUGAAGAUUUGAAGAGAGAGAAAGAGAGCCAUGGUUUCUAGGGAGCAAAAGAGAGCAGCUCUGUAUGAGAAGCUUCAACUUCUUCGUUCUGUUACAAAUUCUCAUGCACUAAACAAAACCUCAAUUAUAGUUGAUGCAUCCAAAUAUAUAGAAGAGUUGAAGCAAAAGGUAGAGAGUCUGAAUCAAGACAUUGCAACUGCACAAAACUCAAGCGACCCAAAUCCAUUGCCAGUGCAGGUUACAGUACAAACUGUGGAAAAAGGAUUUCUAAUCAAUGUGUUCUCAGAAAAGAGUUGCCCUGGUUUGCUUGUCUCCAUAUUGGAAGCCUUUGAGGAAUUGGGUCUGAAUGUGCUUGAUGCUAGAGUUUCUUGUUCAGACAAUUUUUCCUUAGAAGCAAUUGGUGAAAAUGAGGGACAAGGGAGCAUAGAUGCUCAAGUGGUGAAACAAUCAGUGUUGCAGGCUAUCAAGAACUGGAGUGAAGACAAUGAACAAGUACAAUAGAGAAUUAUUUGUUACCUAUCCCUAGCUUUCCAUUUUAUCAGUCUACUUUAAAAAUUUUAGUUACAUAUGGAUCUAUGCUCAGAAGUUUCGAACAAGCACUAGAGGAGCGAGCAACGCAGUUGUAAGGAAUUGCGUUUGUGUCAUUGAAGAAAAACUGUCAACCAGAUUAUAUGCAACUCUUGACCUUUCACUC